CGAAGGCCGAUCUCGGCAGCUUCAUCUCUUCAUCAAUCAGCGGUAAAUCACCUCCAGCCACUGGUCACCUUGGCUCAGAGGAAUGGAGUUGGCAGGAGAUCCCUCCUUACUCUGCUGGCAUCAGCUGCGGCCAUACCCGAGGCUAGUGAAUCAAGAAAGGCCCUAUUGCAAGAUUAUGUGAAGAGAUCAAAGGAAAACAAAGAAAAGAACGACAAGGAGAGGCUGGAUGACUUCUACAAGAGGAAUUACAAAGAUUAUUUUGGUUUCAUGGAAAACUCGGUUAGAGAGAAGAAAGAGGAGGAGCUCACGGAGUCGGAGAAAGGAAUUCUCGCGUGGCUAGGCUUCGCGGAGAGCCCGCCAUCAGCUCCACCGCGCGGUCACCUUGCGCUGCUGCAGCUCGCAGCCGCACCGCGGCGCGCCUGGCCUCCCCAGCACGGCGAGGAGCUCCCAGGGAGCCCGCCCGCUUCCGCGCCGCCUCCUCCCGCUAGACCUCGGCCAGGAGCGCCUCCUCCUCCGCUUCCACCGAGGACAGCACCGCCGCCGCCUCGACCCCGCCGCCACGCCCUGCACACGCACGCCCACACCAAGGCCGGCGCCGCUCGCGCUUGA